CAUCUUUUUUUUUCUCCAAUAAAUUGCAGUAGAACACUAUUUGGAGUUGAAAGUAUGUCAUCAUGGCAAAGUUUCGGAGAAGGACUUGCAUCAUUUUGUCACUUUUUAUUCUAUUUAUUUUCUCUGUGAUGAUGGGUUUAAAAGUGCUGAGACCAAAUACAGCUGGUUUUGGAGCACCUUUUGGACUAGACCUUCUUCCAGAACUUCAUCAACGAACUAUUCAUUCGAGGAAAAGUUCUGAUUACCAAAAGAUUAAUAGAAUUAAUGAUGAAGUAAAUACCAAGAAUUCAAAAAAUGCUGAAACCACUGUCAAACCUUCUAAAGCCUCUGAACUUAACCUGGAUGAACUACCACCUCUGAAUUACUAUUUACAUGCAUUCUAUUACAGUUGGUAUGGAAAUCCACAAUUUGAUGGUAAAUAUAUACAUUGGAACCAUCCAAUUUUAGAACACUGGGACCCUAGAAUAGCCAAGAAUUAUCCUCAAGGAAGACAUAGCCCUCCAGAUGACAUUGGCUCCAGCUUUUAUCCUGAGUUGGGAAGUUAUAGCUCUCGAGAUCCUUCUGUCAUAGAAACUCAUAUGAGGCAAAUGCAUUCAGCUUCUAUCGGUGUGCUAGCCCUGUCUUGGUACCCACCAGAUGCAAACGAUCCUAAUGGACAACCUACUGAUGACUUGGUGCCGACUAUUUUGGAUAAAGCUCAUAAAUAUAAUCUAAAGGUCACGUUUCAUAUAGAACCUUACAGCAAUCGCGAUGAUCAGAGCAUGUAUAAAAAUGUCAAAUAUAUAAUAGACAAAUACGGAAAUCAUUCUGCCUUUUACAGAUACAAGACAAACGCUGGGAAUACCCUUCCUAUGUUUUAUAUCUAUGAUUCCUAUAUCACAAAGCCUGAAAAAUGGAUCAAUCUGUUAACCCCUUCCGGUGCUCACAGUGUUCGCAAUUCUCCUUAUGAUGGUUUAUUUAUUGCACUUCUGGUAGAGGAAAAACAUAAAUAUGAUAUUAUUCGAAGUGGUUUUGAUGGAAUUUACACCUACUUUGCCACAAAUGGCUUUACUUAUGGCUCAUCACAUCAGAACUGGGCCAAACUAAAACUCUUCUGUGACAGAUAUAAUUUAAUGUUCAUCCCAAGCGUGGGUCCAGGUUACAUAGACACUAGCAUCCGUCCAUGGAAUACUCAAAACACUCGAAAUAGAAUCAAUGGGAAAUAUUAUGAAGUUUCUAUGACUGCUGCAAUUCAGGCUCAACCCAGUUUAAUUUCCAUUACAUCUUUUAAUGAGUGGCAUGAAGGAACUCAGAUUGAAAAAGCUGUUCCCAAAAGAACCAGCAAUACAGUAUACCUAGAUUACCGACCUCACAAACCAGGUCUUUAUCUGGAAUUAACUCGCAAGUGGUCUGAAAGAUACAGUAAAGAAAGAGCAACUUAUACUAAGAUGUUUGAUGCAUAUUGAUGCAUUGCGUAAAGAUUCCUUUUUAUCAGUAUCCCAUAAUUUAAAUAAGGGCUUUUUUGGUUUUGAAUUAUGGGGAAAACCUGUCCAAAUCAAUAUACACUGUUUCUGUUAUUCUUUCAUAUAAAUGCCAUUUUAAGAUUUGUUGGUUGUUGCUACUCUUUACAAUAUUGCACUAAGAAAAUAUCUGAGAUAAAAACUGUACAAAUAACAUUCCUUGUGGUGUAAUUUCCUGUGUUCCUAACUGAAAUUAAAAUUGUAGUUCAAUGACUGUCAUUCCACUAUAGAUAAAUGCCUUUGUUCCAUAAAGGGGUUAGCACACAGUUAAACCAAAUGUGCAUACUGGGCCUAAAGAACUCAUAACAUAUGGCUAUUACACAUGCAUUUAAAAAAAUGUGGUUUUUUUUCGAUGACUCAAACAACAUAAUUAUAUUGAUAUUCGGACUGAAUAACUCUAAAAUGAUGCCAUUUUUAAGAAUAAUAAAACUACUGUUACUCUGAUUUUUACUGUGAAUCAGGAACACAAUAAAAAUCUGUCUUUGUUUUUAAUUAUGUAAGCUAAGUCUUCAGGAAGGUGUACUUUCUGCAGCA